UUGACGGCCGGGUACGGGUGCAUUUCGACAGAUACUGCACGGUCUUCUAACGUUAUAUCCCAAAUUUUUCACCGGAGUAAUUUAUUGCUUAUUGCAAUGGAUCACACCGUGCAAGUCCAACGGAUCAUGGAAGCUGGUUGUCGGCCGGAGGACUGGCUUGUGUACCUUCAGCGCCUUGAGAAAGACCCUCACCUCUCAGACACGACCAACAGAUAUAGGUCACUCUGCAGUGUGUACAAUGGUGCCCUCAAACACAUUGCUCUAGACAAGAACAAGACCAAUCCAGCCUAUGCACAGAUCUGUAUCAAUUUUGCCAAACUCAAAAUGACCCAUGAUCCAGAUGAUGCUCGCAUGUUUUUCAAGUAUGCAAGAGCCAACAUAAAGACCUUAGCUAUUGUCCAUGUGGAGGCUGCCCAGUUUGAGCUUGAUCAAGGCAACAGGGACAAGUGCCUGGACAUUCUGAAAAAAGCCAAGAAUCUGAAGUCAGAACCAGAGCACAUGAUAGACACAGCCAUUCAACGGUUCAACAUGACUCUGACUUGUCUGCAAAGUGAUGAGAAAAAUGAUACAAGGCACAAAGGGGACCAUGGACAUGGGAAUAGAAGUGGCUUGAAACCUCCUUUAGGACCAACUACAUGUAUAAGAGUUAUAGCAAUCAGGCCGACUUCCCUUGAAAACACAAAGCCACAGAUUGCAGCGUUACAUCCGUUAUCCAAACUCCUCACACCAUCUCACACCAAUAGUCAACCCAGCAGCCGAGCUUGCAGACACCAGAGUCAAACUGCAGAUUGUGUUCAGUCUCAUCAGGGUCAACCUAAGCCAAAUGUUUGUGGUCCAGGGGAAACACCAGUCAUUCAUGACUACGUUGAUACAACUGUCAGCUUUGGGAGAUCAGGAGGAAGGUAA